GUCCCUCCCCUGGGCUGGGCUGACGGUACCUAGUUGCAUAGGCAGGCACGCCUGCAGACAUUCUCUGAGAAAGGGCAGCAGCAGCCAGGUCUGACAGUGUCGGGGAGGUGUGAAUGAGGCAGGAUGAACUGGACAGGUUUGUACACCUUGCUCAGUGGCGUGAACCGGCAUUCCACUGCCAUUGGCCGAGUAUGGCUCUCGGUCAUCUUCAUCUUCAGAAUCAUGGUGCUGGUGGUGGCUGCAGAGAGUGUGUGGGGUGAUGAGAAGUCUUCAUUCAUCUGCAACACCCUCCAGCCCGGCUGCAACAGCGUCUGCUAUGACCACUUUUUCCCCAUUUCCCAUGUGCGUCUGUGGUCCCUGCAGCUCAUCCUGGUUUCCACCCCAGCUCUCCUCGUGGCCAUGCACGUGGCUCACCAGCAGCACCUAGAGAAGAAGAUGCUGCGUCUUGAGGGCCAUGGGGACCCCCUACACCUGGAGGAGGUGAAGAGGCACAAGGUCCACAUCUCAGGGACUCUGUGGUGGACCUAUGUCAUCAGCGUGGUGUUCCGGCUGCUGUUUGAAGCUGUCUUCAUGUAUGUCUUUUAUCUGCUCUACCCUGGCUAUGCCAUGGUACGGCUGGUCAAGUGUGAGGCCUACCCCUGCCCCAACACAGUGGACUGCUUCGUGUCCCGCCCCACCGAGAAAACGGUCUUCACCGUCUUUAUGCUAGCCGCCUCUGGCAUCUGCAUCAUCCUCAACGUGGCUGAGGUGGUGUACCUCAUCAUCAGGGCCUGUGCCCGCCGAGCCCAGCGCCGUUCCAAUCCACCCUCCCGCAAGGGAUCGGGCUUCGGCCACCGCUUGUCACCUGAGUACAAGCAGAAUGAGAUCAACAAGCUGCUGAGUGAGCAGGACGGCUCACUGAAAGACUUACUGCGCCGCAGCCCCGGCACUGGGGCGGGCCUGGCUGAGAAGAGCGACCGCUGCUCAGCCUGCUGAUGCCAUGUACCAGGCAACCUCCCAUCCUGUUCCCCAGCCUGCCCUGGGCCUACCCCUCUUUCUCCCCCGCCAGUGCACAGGCCUCUGCCUGCUAGGGAUUACUCCAUCAAACCCUUCCUUCUCUCCCCAGUUCCCUUCCUCCCAGGGCCUCUGUCUGAGGAGUCAGAGGGGUGGAGAGCUGGAGGCCACCUACACCCGGUGCUCAAGGUUAUUAGGGGUGUGGGCAGUUCUUGUUGCCGGCACCUCUUCCUCAUCCCCCUCUCUCUCCCUGAGACCACUGGGAACAGAAGAUGGGAUGCUCUGACAGUGUCUCCAAUUCUGAAACUAAUCUUAACCCUGUGCUGUCAGAUACCCUAUUUCUGGAGUCACAUCGGUGGGGAGGGAAGUAGGUAAAUGGAGUGGAGGGUGGGUGCUGUGGACAUGUGGGUGGAGAAGGGAGGGUGGCAAGCACAAGAAAAGGAGGAACAGCACUUUCCAGCUGGCCCGGAAGAAGAGGGAGACAUGUCUGGGGCAAGGGAGUUAGGGUAGGAAGAGCAGGCAGAUAAGUUAGAGUGGGGGUUAGUCAGAUCUGCCUCUGCCUCUCGUCCCCAAGGCCUCUCUUUGCCUGAAAUGUUACACAUUAAACAGGAUUUUACAGUAAAUGAA